GGCGGGCCGGCGGCCAUGUCGGGCCCCUGCGUGCGUCUGGGGGCGGUGUGCGGGGCCCCGGCCGCCCGCACCAACGAGCUGCUGCUCCUGCCCGCGCACCCGCCCCCGCCGCCUCGCUCCCCGCCGCACCACGUCCUCUACUUCCCCGGGGAUGUGCAGAACUACGGCGAGGCGAUGGCGUGCCACCCGGAGAACGUCCAGUGGGAACGCUGGAGCCUGGAGAGCGUGGCGGCCAUCCUGGCGGCCCGCUUCCCCGGCAGCCACGUGUGGGUCGUCAAGUGCUCCCGCAUGCACCUCCACAAGUUCAGCUGCUACGACAACUUCGUCCGCAGCAACACCUUCGGGGCCCCGGACCACAGCCCCGACUUCGGGGCCCUGCGGCACCUCCGCGCCCUGUUGGCCAACGCCUUCGCCCUGGCCCGGGACGCCCUGCGGUCCGGGGACGGGGAGGAGGAGGAGGAGGAGGAGCGUCCGGAGUCGGCGUCCUUCACUCUCGUCGGCUUCAGUAAAGGCUGCGUGGUCCUCAACCAGUUCCUCUUCGAGCUGAAGGGCGCCCGGGCCGACCGCGACCUGGCCGGCUUCCUCCGGACCGUCAGGGCCGUGUACUGGCUGGACGGCGGGCACUCGGGAGGCGGCGACACGUGGGUGACGUGCCCGGAGGCGCUGCGGGAGCUGGCCCGGACGGGGAUCUCGGUGCACGCCCACGUGACGCCCUACCAGGUGCGGGACCCCAUGAGGUCUUGGAUCGGCCGGGAGCACGGCCUGUUCGUGCAGAUCCUGGCCGACCUGGGCGUCGGCGUCGAGAGCCGGCUCCACUUUGCCAAAGAAGCCCCGUCCAUCGAUAACCACUUCAGGGUCCACGAAGUCUUUUGAGGGCACCCCCUCCUUCCCCGCCC